AUGGCUCUCACAGAUAUCGAUCAAGGAACAGAAACAAAACAGAAAAGUUGGAUCAAAAUCAACGAUAUAUCUAAUGCCAUCAAACAAUAUAUUCAAGAUCAUCCAUACCAAUCUGCUUUUCACGCAUCCAAUGUCGUAGUCUUCUUCGCACCUGGAUCAGUGUGGGGUCCAGUAUUGGGUGUAUUGGGAUUCACAGAUUUAGGUCCUGCUGCAAGUUCAAUCGCAUCAGCCGUUCAAGCUGUCAUUCAUCCUGUAGUGCCUAGAAGCAUGUUCGCAAUUUUUCAUGCUGCCCAAAUGGGUGGAUAUGGUAUGGAGAUUAUGAAUAGUGUCGUAAGGUCUGGGAUUGAGAUGAUCACUGGUGGGUACUGGUAUUCAAAAUAUUCUCGAAAUGGUGAAGCGGAUACGAGAAAAGGACCUUCAAAGCAAAUCAAGGAUGAUGAUAAGCUCCAGGUUAAGUCCAUGUUAACGAAGAUACCUCCCAAUUCGAGAGACAAGGAAGAUCAUCUGGAUAUAGAUAUUAUAUUUGUAUAUCUUUCGAUCCCAAUCCUCUUUCACUGCUAUAAUCUGAAAAAAGAAAUCUAA